AUGACCUCCCAUAAACCCCUCACUUGCAGUGCCUUGGCCCUGUUCUUUGCUGCAGGCUUGGUUUCAGCUCAGCUUACAGCAAAUUUCUAUGACAAGUCAGGCCCAAAUGCAUUGUACACCAUCCAAACAGCAACUGGUGACAAUAAAAUCUGCCCCCUUGACGCCUCAACACCCUAUGUUUUUGACAAUUUCUACUACAAGAACUUGUUGAACAAGAAGGGUGUUCUGCAUUCUGACCAACAACUGUUCAAUGGAGGCUCAGCAGAUUCCCAGACUACCACCUACUCUUCAAAGAUGGCCAAAUUCUCCACCGAUUUCAGUGCAGCAAUGGUGAAGAUGACAAACAUUAGCCCCCUUACUGGAUCCAGUGGACAGAUAAGGAAAAACUUCAGGAAGGUAAACUAG